AAUUUGCCUGCAAUUGUGACAUUGAAUAAAGAUUACAUGCGGAUCAUAUUAAGUAAAAGUAAUUAAGAAAAAAUAAUAUCUGUAAAUUAACAAAUUGCAAAAUAUUAUGUCUAUCAUGACAAAUAUAUAAGUGUAAAAAUAUUAAAUAACUUAUAUUAAACUCACUUUUAUGUUGAGAAAAGUGCGGCACUUUAAAUUCAUUUAAGUAUAUUUUUAUAUCGCAUGUUUGCUCACAAAUUCACCUAAUCUUCUUCUAGGUAACUAAAAAUCCUUGAAAAGCCGCAAACGUUUUAAUAGAUCGCCGAUUCAUCAUGUAGUUAAAAUCAUAUGUUUAUGAUUUUAACUGCAAUCUUAAUAGUCCGAGAAAAUUGUACUUUUUCCUUUCACUCUACAGGUUUGUCCAUUAAAAUCGAUGCCAAAGACGAAAGUUAUUACAUUGACUCGAUUGCAACUGUAAUAUCUCAUGGUAUUUAACAGAUAUUAGAAACUUUUAAAACACUUUCAAUAUAAUAAUUUCAUAUUAUAUUUAAAUUUAAAAAAAAUUCAUAUCUAUGAUUAUUUACUCUUUUCUAAACUUGAGAUAACCUAUGUUAUAAAAUUGUACCAUAUAAUACAUUUACAAACUGUCGCGGAAUUUCUGUAUUACGUUUUUGAUUAUUUCUCUUAAGUACAAGUGAUGCACGACAUUGCUAAGUUUAAAUUUCGUAAAUAUUUAUCACAUAUCAUAAGAUAUGGUUUGAGUUGUGCAUAAUCGUACUUUAUAGAAUGCACGUGUAAGAUGGUAUAAGAAUAUUACAUUACGUAUUCCUCUCUUCGGCAGAGGAAGAGAAAGAAAAAGAUUAAUUUACUUUAUAAAUAUUUGAAAAAAGUUUCAUAUGGAACAAUGACAAAAAUAAGAAUUCAGUACUUUGGCGGCACUUCAAACGUAUGAGCAAAACUCUGCAAUUAGUUAAUUUGCUCUCGUAAUUUAUACGACAAUGAUCUAUUAUUAUUAAUCUAUUAUAAUUAUUAUCAUAUCAUGAUCUUCAACAUCAUUAACGACGACAUCAUCAUCAUCGUCGUCGUCAUUGUCGUUGUCACUGUCACCGUUAUUAUACCGCGACAAUGAAUCAGAACGGCCAUGGUAGCAUUCGCGUUCAUCCGCUGACGAAAUUAACAUUAAUCCAGUCUCGGUAGAUCCCUGAAAUAAAGGGUCGCUGUGGAGAAGAGGUGGGCCGGGUUGACAUUGGAUGUUCGUGGUGGCCGACGGUCGAUUACGCCAUAAACCGAUACGCUUGUGUGUAAACGCUUGAAUCUUUCAUUGUGCUUGUACCUACGAUGAUACCUGUACAGGUAAGACAAUGGGCGCGUACACCGACCGACUGGGUGAUUUAAAGGCUGUCACAUGCAACAUCUGCCAAUGCAAACGCACCACUCAAGGUUGACGAUCCCCACCGAGAGACGUGGCUUAACUUUUGCGUUAGUUAUAAUUUACUAUAAAACGGCAAAACGACUGGGAUGCCUUUAGACUUUUCACGUUACGGGUGUAAGCACGUGCACGGGCACGAAUUUUGCGACAAAACAAAUUUACCGAUUAGCACGGAUUGAUUACCGGAAAUCGCAGGCGGCAUGAAUGGUUACGCAACAACGAGAUACAUUCACGUGCUGUUUUUAUGCCUGAGUUACUGUUACGCAUUAUCUCAUAUGACAUUGUCGAACAGACGAAAUUUGCCAACCUCAAAUGCUCAAGUUCACUAUAACAUCACGAAGGCUGACGUUGAUUAUCCGGCAAUAGACGAAGUGUCUUAUGUUGAUUUCAAUCCUGCGUUUUCAUUCCCUUCUAAAAAGCCGAAUAUCUGCAACGAUUGCGUUUGCGGGCUUGGGAGAAAGGCAAGAAUUAUUGGUGGCAAUGUAACCAGCGUUUAUGAUUAUCCCUGGAUAGUUAGCAUGAAUAAAAAUGGAAAAUUUUACUGUGCUGGAAGCCUAAUAACACGGAAGCAUGUACUUACUGCGGCUCAUUGUUUGCAAGGAUUUGACUUCAGAACUAUCAAACUUGUUUUAAUGGAUAGUGAUCGUUCCUCAAUUGGCAGCAACGCUAUAAUUCGAUGGAUUAAAUCGAGGACUAUUCAUGAAAAUUUUCAAAGUUAUACAUUUAACAAUGAUAUAGCGAUCAUAGAGAUGGAUAAACCCGUAUCUGUAAAUGGCAUUGUACGAACAGCGUGUUUACCACAAAAUAAAAUCAUUGACUACACUGGAACGCCUGCAACCGUCGUUGGAUGGGGUCAAACAGGAGAGGAUAAGCCAAUAAGUGACAAAUUACGAAAAGUUAAUCUGCCGAUCUUAUCACAAGAAGAAUGCGAUCGAGCUGGAUAUGCAAAAAAUCGCAUUACUGAAAAUAUGUUUUGUGCCGGCUAUAUACAUCCGGAAGGAGCAGUAGAAGGACGAGAUGCUUGUUUUGGUGAUAGUGGUGGACCUUUACAUGUUGAAGGAAUUUAUAAACAGCUUGUAGUACUAGGAAUUGUUUCUUGGGGUCGUGGUUGUGGAAGACCAAAUUAUCCAGGAGUAUUCACUAAAUUGACGAAUUACAUCGAAUGGCUUAAAGAUCAUUUAGACGACGAAUGUGUCUGUCCUCCACCACAUCGACAAUAAAAGUAAAUUUGUUACUUAUUGUUAUUUUGUUAUAAAUCAAGUAGACCUAAUUGUCAUAAGGAAACAGUAAAUGUUAGAUUUUAUCUUAAUAUUUAUUUGAUCAUUAAGUUUCUGAGAAAAAUAAGAAAUAAUAGAUAAAAUUAUUUUCAUUUUAAUAAAUAUAUUCU